CCUCUGUACCGCACCUAAAUCUAAAUGUGUGCCAUCCCUAAUCAUUUCUGAACCCUUCCCCCGUUCCCCUUUAAAGUCUCUUUGUCCCUUAAUAGAGUGGGCAUUAAGUACACUAUCGGGGAGAGACCAAAGAGUGUGUUGUGUUGUGUUGGUAAUUAAGAAAAGAGCAAAAAUGCCGCUCAAGUUGGCGGGAGUAGCCACUGUCGGUUCCCUUCUUCUAUGUGUUGCUAUUUCUCUCUUUCACAUCGCUGGGGCCGAAGAUCCCUACCGCUUCUUCAACUGGAAUAUUACUUAUGGUGAUAUUUACCCUCUUGGUGUUCGCCAAACGGGAAUAUUGAUCAACGGGCAAUUCCCAGGUCCAGAUAUUCAUUCUGUUACCAACGACAACCUCAUCAUCAAUGUCUUCAACAGUUUAGAUGAGCCUUUUCUCCUCUCCUGGAAUGGGAUCCAGCAGAGAAGGAACUCGUUCGAAGAUGGUGUUUUUGGAACAACAUGCCCCAUUCCAGCAGGGAAGAAUUUCACUUACAUCCUUCAAGUCAAAGAUCAAAUUGGGACCUUUUACUACUUCCCAUCCCUUGCAUUCCACAAAGCCGCUGGCGGUUUUGGAGGCAUUAGAAUCCUUAGCAGGCCAAGAAUUCCAGUCCCAUUCCCUGAUCCAGCUGGUGAUUACACUGUCCUCAUUGGAGAUUGGUACAAGUCCAACCACACGACUUUGAAAGCCCGUCUUGAUAGGGGCAAGAAGCUGCCUUUUCCCGAUGGAAUCCUUAUCAAUGGUCGCGGACCUAAUGGAGUGUCUUUCAACGUUGAACAAGGAAAGACUUAUAGGCUUAGAAUAUCAAACGUGGGGCUGCAACACUCCCUUAACUUUAGAAUCCAGAACCACAAAAUGAAGCUGGUAGAAGUGGAAGGAACGCACACCCUUCAGACCAUGUACUCCUCUCUUGACGUUCAUGUAGGGCAAUCUUAUUCGGUGCUGGUAACUGCAGACCAACCUGCUCAAGACUAUUACAUUGUGGUUUCCACACGAUUCUCCUACAAGGUCCUCACCACCACUGGAGUGCUUCGCUAUAGCAACUCCGCAGGCCCAGUAUCAGGCCCACCCCCUGGUGGACCUACAAUCCAAAUUGAUUGGUCUUUGAACCAGGCCCGCUCAAUUCGGACAAACCUUACAGCAAGUGGACCGAGGCCAAACCCGCAAGGAUCGUACCAUUACGGUAUGAUAAACACGACGAAGACGAUCAUACUGGUGAGUUCCGCUGGUCAAGUAAAUGGGAAACAAAGAUACGCAAUUAACAGCGUGUCUUAUGUUGUCCCAGACACCCCUCUUAAGCUCGCCGAUUACUUCAAAAUCUCCGGUGUUUUCCGCCCCGGAAGCAUAUCUGACAGACCCACUGGCGGCGGCAUUUACCUUGACACAUCUGUGUUACAAGCUGACUACAGAAAUUUUGUCGAGAUUGUCUUCCAAAACAACGAGAACAUCGUUCAGAGCUACCAUCUUGAUGGCUACUCUUUCUUUGUCGUUGGUAUGGAUGGGGGACAAUGGACAACUGCUAGCAGGAACCAGUACAAUCUCCGAGAUGCAGUUGCACGUUGCACCACACAGGUAUACCCCUUUUCAUGGACUGCUAUUUAUAUUGCCCUUGACAAUGUGGGAAUGUGGAACUUGAGGUCUGAGUUUUGGGCACGACAAUACCUUGGGCAACAGUUAUAUUUGCGCGUUUAUACAACAUCAACCUCAAUCAGAGACGAGUUCCCUGUUCCAAAGAAUGCAAUUCUUUGUGGUAGGGCAAGUGGGAGACACACGCGACCCCUUUGAGUUAGCAAGGGUUCCACGCUUGAGGAGGCAUUCUAGUUUUAGAAUACGAAAAGUAGUUCUAAUUUUAUAGUUGAGUGCUUUCGUUUAUUUAUUUUAUGCUAUGCUCCAAUGGGAUGAUGAGUAUGUAUGAUUUUAUCCCUAAAUGACCCCAGCUCGAGGUCACAUUAAUUCUUUCCCAGAGAAAGAUAGAGAGUGUGUGAGAGAGAGAAUAUAUAUUAUAUUCCCUUUGUAUUAUCUCGGAUUUUACUAGUAUUGUUAUCAAGAAGGGUGAAUCUGAUCGCGAAAGUUGGCGUUGGGAACCUGGCUAAGCAGGGUCUGUGAUUCAUUUAAUUGUUGUAGCUGUGCAGAACUUUUUAAUUUCAAUUGCUAUAUGCCUACGUAGUUUUUACAUUU